AUGGUGGGCUAUGGCUUGACCGAGACAACAGCAGGUGCUACUCUCACCCAUAACAACGAUAUGAAACUCGGUCAUGUGGGAUCACCGAUGGCCUCCAAUGAAGUGAAGCUUGUCAGCAUUCCCGAGAUGAGCUACAUGACUACUGAUGAGCGUCAUCGUGGUGAAGUGUGCGUCAGGGGUACCAACGUGUUUAGUUCGUACUUGAAAAAUCCCGAGAAAGAUAUCGAUGAGGAGGGCUGGUUCCACACUGGUGAUAAGUCUAUAUUCAAGCUGUCCCAGGGCGAGUAUUUGGCCGCUGAGAACCUCGAGGCCAUGUACGGCAAGUGCGACCAUAUUGCACAGGUGUUUGUAACCGGUGACUCAUUCCACGCAUACCCUGUGGCCGUGGUUGUACCCGAUGCCGAGAUGAUUGUUGCUUGGGCUAAGGAAAACAACCUUUCUGGCGAUGCUAGGAGUAUUGCUCGACCAGCCGAGUUGAAGGCCAUGCUGGCUGCGGAGGUACUUGACAUGCACAAGGAAUGUAAGCUUAAAGGUUUCAAAAAGCUUCGAGACUUCAUCGUAGAGCCAGAGGCUUUCAGUAUUGACAAUGAACUGCUUACACCCACCUUCAAGCUGAAGCGCGUGAACGCAACCAAAAAGUACCAGGAUCAAAUCACUGAGUUAUACGAUGACAUCGAGAGCCGUCAAUAG